GUGGAAAAAUUCAGUGCAAUGCUGGGAAUUCCCAUCAACUGCAUCUUUCUGGUGAAGAACUACGAGUCAGAAAUCAAAACGACUGACGACAUCAACGGGCCGCUUUUGACCACACUGAGAGAGAUGAGCAUCGAAUCAAAAUUCAGAUCUGAAUUCUGCUUUCUCACUUUGGUAAACUGUGUGUUUUUUCUGCCAGGUGUUCCCUACGCUCCUCCUGCACCUGCAGCAACAGUCACUCACCUGGUUGUAACAGCGGGGCUUCAUGACAGCCCGGGACAAGCUCUGUGUCCGCACUGCCAGCAGACAGUGGUCACCGUGACGCAUCACACAGCGGGCCUGAUGACCUGGGGCAUCUGUGCCGGCCUCACCUUUUUUGGGUGUUUUCUCUGCUGUUUCCUCCCGUUCUGCAUUGAGUCCUGCAAAGACGUGGAGCAUCGCUGUCCAACUGCCAAAGUCAUCUACAUAUUCAAACGGUGGUGAACAUUACCUGAAUGGAACCACUUUUCUAUGGCCUUUUAAUAGCCUUACUUGUUUAUGCAAUGUUUUGAUAUUAAUCUAAAUGUUAAAAAAUGCACUUGUGACUAUGGAGCAUCAAACUGGGA